AGCGGACUUCCCUAUUCCAUCAAUAGACGUCGUUAUAAUUUCCUCAGUGACUAACCGCCGAUAUACUGUAAGUUAUGCCAACGUCAAGGUCAAAGAUGCGCACCAGCGGCAAAGAUGGUGGUGAACGAACUUGUCGGACACGUCGUGCAUGCGACAGAUGCAGACUCAAGAAGGCCAAGUGCGACGGCAGUCCAAAGUGCGAAACUUGUAAGACAAGUGACAGUCCUUGCACUUACUCCAUCAGAAGGAAAAUAGAAGCUAGAAGCUAGUCAGUAAGCCAAAAUCUGCCCAACUAUUGACUGCCAACAUUUAGCUAGUUAUUCUCAAAUGCGAGAAGUGAUGGAUGAAGCACUCCAACGGCUAUACUGGGCGUGCCGGCAGAAAUCCGGGUUUCCAGGAAAGGUUCCAGAUGAACCGGCUGGCGUCGUUACCACAGACGAGAUCCUUAAAGGACUCGGUCUUGUGGAACCGUCACUUAAAAUUGGUCAACACACAUGUACAACUAAGCGACAAGCAAAUGAUAUGGAUACUGCGAAUUCAGACAACCUGUGCGACCAAUUGCGAGCAUCUCCUUCUGAAAGGGACCUCACUCAAAACAAUCCAAUCACAGUCUCACUCUCCUCGUCUGGCGUUUCUCCGUCCAUACCUGAACGAAAUCCUGCCUGUGGUCCUUCCAAUCGGUCACUAUUCCCUUGCGAAGACAAUUUCAAUAUGGAGACGAACACUUACCCGCCAGGCGUGGGCACUUUAACUCAGGCGUCGAUUCAGGACCUUAAUACUCAGCUUUAUACGGCGCAAUCUGAAAACUCUGGUCACUCUAGUGAUAGCGUCACGUUUGCGGACAGGAAUGCGUCACAGUAUACGGGGUCAUACACAGUUACCACCGGGUUAAGAUCAGCCGAUCUUGUCCCCGAGAUGAAGUAUUGUGAUACAGGUCAAGUCGAGCAAAUGGAGAGAGGGGCUUUCACAAACUAUCCGGCACCGGGAGGAAUCAUGCGUGAUAGUUAUUUAGCCCCAUGGCCUGGGUCAUUAGCUGCAGCUUUUCAGUCAGUGGUCCCUGUCGGACCAGCGAGUUAAAGAGGAGCUAGGUGGGACGCAGAAGCGUUCGAUACGAAUGAUUUCAAAGUUACUUUCAAACUUUCUACCGACAACAAAACGACCCAAUUAGAUGAUGUCAGAAUUAAACGAGCAGAACCCUUCUAUAUUUCGACUCAGCCGAGAUCAUGUAGGGUCUCGAGCUCUCGAUUAUAUAGAUCACCCGUCGGACGUGAGUUUCGCAGGGAGCAUUCUAUGAAUGACUAACAAGAUGAGCGGACUCGAGACAAUCGACUCGUCGCGCACUCAUGCGAAGACGCCUUCGUUGACUACAAA